CUGACUGGCGUGUGUGGGACGGACAGGACACUGCUGGAUUUGAAGGUGAGCGCUCCAUGGGAGAAUCUCAGAGUAGAGCAGAGGUUUGGGAGGAAGAUGGCCCUGCUCCCAGCCAAUAAGGACCUCAUUUCUAAAGGAGUGAAGGAAUUCAGUGUUCUGCUGAAUCAGCAGGUCUUUGAGGAUCCUCUUGUGUCUGAGGAUGACAUGGAAAAAGUGGUGAAUGACUGGAUGAACAUCUACAUCAACUAUUACAGCAAGCACGUUGUAGGGGAGCCUCAGGAGCAAGACACAGCUCUGAAGGAACUUCAGCAGGAGCUGAAGUCUCUGAGCAGCCCUUUCCUGGACAAGUACAAGACCUUCCUGAAAUCUCGGGAGCAUCCAAAUUAGACAUCACCUUCUCCUAGCUCUUCAACUCUCAAACACCCCUAAGCCCUGUCUCUGUGUGUUUUAUGUGUUUCAUUAUGGUAUUACUUUACAGUGACACCCCAAUAAAGACCAAGACUGGUUUUU